AUGAGGUGCACCAUCCCACUACAUAAAGUGCCAACUGUAGCAGCAAUCCUCAAUGCCGUUGUUCUGGUUGUCGGGGGAAGAGAAACGAACGAUGCGGCUUGUAUCGAGGACAACAAAUUUUACAGAAAUCCUAAUACACCUGCGCACAGCGUUUGGGCGCCAAUUGAAUGCGCCAAAUAUUUUUUGUGUUUAGACAAUGAGGUAUUCGCGUUCAAAUGCUCGGAGGGACUCCUCUUCGAUGUUACCAGGCAGAUAUGUGAUUUUAAAGCUAAUGUUGACAAUUGCGACGUGACAGCAGAUGUACAACCACCGAGGCCUUUGCUUGAGAAUGGAGAUUGUGAUGGUGGAAGUUUGGCAUGUGGAGAUGGCACUUGCUUACCAAAUAUUUAUUUCUGCGAUGGGACUGUCGAUUGUCCUGAUGGAUCUGAUGAAGCGUGGUGUGAUAAUCAGAAUGACCCAAAUGCCGCUUUCCCCUGUGACCCUGAAAAAUGUUCACUCCCAAAUUGUUGGUGUUCUCACGAUGGAAAACAAAUUCCCGGCAAUUUGACAAUAUCCAAUGUCCCCCAGAUGAUAACAAUCACCUUCGACGACGCUGUGAAUGCUGAGAACUUUGACCUCUACACCAAGCUGUUUAAUGAUGACAGGAAGAACCCCAAUGGUUGCCCUAUACGCGCUACUUUCUAUGUCAGCCACCAGUACACGAAUUAUCGAGAUGUUCAGUAUUUGUGGAACGGGGGGCAUGAAAUUGCUGCGCACUCUGUGACACAUCGUGGACCAGAGGCGUGGUGGUCCCACAACGCCACAAUCGAGGAUUGGUUCGAUGAGAUGGUCGGACUAUCCAAUAUUCUCAACAAGUUCGCCGCAGUGCGCUUGGAGGACAUCAAAGGCUUGAGAGCUCCAUUUCUCCGAGUCGGAUGGAACAAACAAUUCCUCAUGAUGUCUGAAUUCGGAUUUUCGUAUGACUCUUCAAUGGUCGCGCCCUUCACUGAUUCACCAUUUUGGCCGUACACUUUGGAUUAUCAAGCUCCACACGACUGCGUUGGCACUGAUCAGAAUUGCCCUACUAGGGCCUAUCCGGCGGUCUGGGAAGUCCCUUUGAAUCAACUUUUAGUUGGGGAUUACACAUGCGCUAUGAUUGAACAGUGCCCGACGAGUUUGACUGGCGAGGAAAUUUACAAAAUGUUGAUGUUAAACUUUAAAAGACAUUAUCUGACGAAUCGAGCGCCGUUCGGUCUGCAUUUCAAUUCCAUGUGGUUCAGGAAUCCAACGAAUAUCUAUGCUUUUGAGAAAUUCUUGGAUGAUAUACUUCAUCUGUCAGACGUCUACUUCACCACUACCCAACAAGUGAUCGAAUGGAUGAAGAAACCAACGCCAAUCGGCGAAAUAGCGUCCUUUGAACCUUGGCAAUGUAAUGCACGUGAUUUCGAUCCUCACGAGAUCGCCUGUCAAUUGCCAAAUGCCUGUAAACUUUCAAGUCGAGUGCUCAAGUCUUACCGAUAUUUGAACACCUGUUUCGAUUGUCCAAAACAGUAUCCAUGGGUCAGGAAUGAAUUUGGAAGGGAUUAAUAUCCCAAGGAAACCCAAGAGGUUCUUGAGUUCAUGAAAUUAAUUAAGAG